CUAUCUGAGACUGAUACUCAAAUUACAAUGGAGACGGAGUUAUGCAACAAGAAGAGAGAGGGGAAGGAAAACAGCUUGCUUCACUGGGAAAAAUUACAGCAGGAGAAGAGAAGAGAAGUACAACGGAGAAACUAGCGACGAUCAGAAUGUCUGCUAAUCAGGACAAGGGGGAUGUACCUUCUCGACCAGAACUGUUUGAUUUCCACGGAGUCUCAAUGACCCACUAUUUCACAGACAACUGGGAGAACGUUCAAAACUUUCAGGCCAGGCCAGAUGAUAUACUUAUUGCAACAUACCCCAAAGCAGGAACCACAUGGGUCUCCUGCAUUCUUGACCUGCUGUAUUUUGGUCAGAAAUCCCCAGAGCGUCAGACAUCCAUCCCAAUCUAUGACAGAGUGCCAUUCUUGGAGAUCAAGAUCCCAACAGUGCAUUCAGGAACUGACCUAGCGGAAAACCUCCCCACCUCUCCACGACUCAUUAAAACUCAUUUUCCAGUCCAGUUUGUGCCAAAAUCCUUUUGGGAGCAAAACUGCAAGAUAGUCUACGUGGCCCGCAAUGCCAAAGACAACGUGGUCUCUUUUUUUCAUUUUGAUCGCAUGAACAUGGUUGAGCCAGAGCCUGGAGACUGGAGCAGCUACCUCAACAGAUUCAUGGAGGGAAAGAUGGUGUUUGGAUCCUGGUAUGACCAUGUGAACGGCUGGUGGAAGAAGAAACAGACCCAUUCAAAACUCCAUUACAUGUUCUAUGAAGAUCUGAUUGAGGAUACUGGACGGGAACUAGACAAACUCUGCUGCUUUCUCGGCUUGUCUCCUUCCGCUGAGGAGAAGAAAAGAAUUACAAGUGGAGUGCAGUUUGAUAAUAUGAAAAAGAAUGACAUGGCCAACUACUCUACGCUCCCAGUUAUGGAUUUCAAAAUCUCUCCUUUCAUGAGAAAAGGGAAGGUUGGUGACUGGAAGAACCAUUUCACUGUGGCCCAGAAUGAACAGUUUGAUGAAGACUACAAGAAAAAGAUGAAGGACUCCACACUUCAGUUCCGCACUGAAAUCUAAACAGGAUUGUACAGUCUGUGUAUAUGUGGAGAUUGGUCCAUGACUUACGGGAUAUGUGGCAUUUAUGUGAACAAGUUAUAGUUACCUCUAAUGUGAUAGCAGAGGUGUGGAGUGUGUCUCCUUCCUCUCUGUUAGUAAAUAAGUCUGUGAACUACAUAAUAUAAAGCACAAAUCAAAUGACUAGUGAUGUAUGAAGGUGAGUAUUUCUUAUAUAUAUAUAUAUAUUAACAAAAGGAUGUAUCUGUAAAAUAAGUCAUCAUUUAUUUAAAAAAAUAUCUUUAAAUACAGAAAUGUAGGCUUUGAAUUAGUAUUAUGUCCACCAUAUUACCCAAAUAUAUGCUAGUCUCACUGUGUGUAAUUAAUAAACAACUGUACUGUAUUUGAUACUCUCAAGAGUAGAUUCGUGUCAGUAAAAUGAAUCCAAAGGUUUUCAUAUUUUAUACUAUGUAUUUUUUUUGCAAUAAAACAAUAAGACCUUGUUUAAA